AUGGCUAUCAAAGACAUGAAGAACAGUAUUGAUGCAGCUGGAAUACCAGAAGUUGCAAAAUAUCCAGUUGAACAGGUAUCAUCGCAAUCUACAAAAUAUCCUAUUCUUGGAAACAUUGUUGUGGGGUUUGAGAAAGUGGCUAAUGAAAUUUUAGAACAACUUGUUAGAGGACUAGACCACCUGCAAAUUAUUUCCAUCUUUGCUAUGCCUGGACUUGGUAAGAUCACUUUAGCAAAUAAACUAUAUAAGGAUCCCUCUAUUGUCAAUCAUUUUGACAAGCGUUCCUGGUGUGUUGUUUCUCAAACAUAUAAAAAGAAAAUUUUGUUGAUUGAGAUUUUGAGCUCAAUGGAUCCCGAUAAGAGAGAAACAUUUAUAUAUAUGAAGGAAGAAAGUUUGGGGAAAAAACUUUACAAAACCUUAAAAGAAUUGCGGUACCUCAUUGUGAUGGAUGAUAUAUGGGAUAUCAAUGUGUGGAAAGAUUUGAAAAGAUAUUUUCCAAAUGAUAAAACUGGGAGCAUAAUCUUAUUCACCACUCGAUAUAAAGAAGUUGGUUCAGAAGCUUCACCUCAUAGUGUUAUAAAUGCACUUUCUUUUCUAUCGGAUGCUGAAUGUUGGAAAUUAUUAAAAAGGAAGAUGUUUGAAGAUAAAAAUUGUCCUCAAGAAUUUUUAAACAUUGGGAAGAAAAUUGCAAUAAGUUGCCAUGGCCUACCACUUGCGGUGGUUGGGAUAGCUGCAGUCCUUGCAAACAUGAAGAAGAAAGAACACUUGUGGCAAGAAGUUGCAAGAAAUUUAAGUUCACAUAUAUCAGACAACCCAAACAAAUUCAUGAAGAUAUUGGAACUUAUCUAUGAACAUUUACCGAACCAUUUGAAACAGUGUUUUCUUUACUUUGGAGCAUUUGAGGAAGAUGAGGAAAUCCCAAUACAAAAGUUGAUAUCUCUUUAG